AUGACAACAGAAAAUCAACAAAUAAAUGAAUCAAAACCAUCAUCAUCAUCAUCAUCAUCAUCAUUAACUAAUGUUGAUUCAAGUGGGAAAAUGCAAGGUUGGUUUAAAUUAAUGGAAACAAUACGUAAAUCAGGUUCACAAUCCAAUGAACAAAUGAAAUCAUUACCGAACAGUAAUCUAAAUACUAAUCUCAUUAGAGAUACAUUAUCAAGGCAACAAAAUUCAUUUCAAAAAUCUUUAUUAUCAACAAAUACAAAUGGUCAUUCAUUAAAAUCACCUGAAAGAAUAAUUACGUUAAAUACAAUAGAUUCACCACCAAAUAUAUUUAAUUCCCCAUCUAUCAUAAGUUUAGCAUCAACACCAGGACAAAUAAUAGAAGAUAUACCUUCUGUAGAACUUGAAUUAACAUCAAGAAUAAUAAGAGAAAGUAUACCUUUGAUUGAACUCGAAUCACCAACUACUGCAGCAUCAUCACCAACAUCAACAGAUUCUAAAUGUUCUGAAACACGUUCAAAAAAGAUUAUUAUUCGUAAAUCAAAUAAAUCUAAGCCAACAUCAUCAAUAGCAAAAUCUAUUGAAAUGUCAACUCCAAUAACUGAAGAUAUAUCUGACGAUGACGAUAUGCCACUUAUUGAUAUACGUAAACAUAAAACAAAAUCUAUUGAUACAUUAUCAAUUCCAUCAGCAAAAGAUUCCAUUAUUCCUUUAGCAACUGAUCUUCAAUCCUUACCUGGUCAUUUUCAAGAUGAAAUACGUGAUAUUCGUUUUUUAAAUUAUUCUGAUAUAGAAACAUUAUCAUUGCAUUUUAAUACAUGUUUAUAUAUUGAUAAAAGAUCAUUAUCACCAACACGACAUAUAUAUACAACACGUUAUAAUGUAUGGAAUAAAAUUUUAAAAUUAUAUUUUGUAAAAACAUUUCGAAAAAAAUUAUCAUCAGAAAAAUCUUCGAAUAAAAAAGAUAAUUAUAAACCACAACCAUUAUCUGCGAUAAGUUCACCCACAGCAAUUUCUUUUAAAAUAGAUUGGAAUGUUAAUCGAAGAAAUCCAUCAUCAACACAUCGACAUACACCAAAAAAUUUUUUUCAUAUUUUACAAUUAAAUCCUAAAACACAAAUAUCACCAUCAGAUAUUCCAUCAUCAUCAUCAUCGUCAACAAUCAUAACAUCAACAAAGUCACCAGUUCACACUUUUGAACGUAUGAAAGAUAUUCUUGCACGUACUUAUUAUCCACAUUUUUAUAAAGCUAUUGAAUAUGGUUAUCAAUUUGGUACAAAAUCAAAAUUUCCAAAUACACAACAAUUAAUAACUACACAUAGUGAUGUUAUAGAUAUUAAAGAAAUGCCUGAAUCACCAAAUUUACUGGAUGAUUCAAUAACAAUUACACUUAAAUCUCCACCAUCAGCAACACGACGUGAUUCAAAUGUUAUUCAACAACUACCUAUAGUGACAGCAUCAACAAAUGAACGAAAAACGAAAACAUCAAAUACAGAUAAUAAAUCUUUAUCAGUGAACCAGAACCAAUGUCAUAUGAAUGAGAAUAUUAACGAAUUAUCGUCAUGGAGAAUUAGAAAAUCAGUUGUUGUUUUAACACCAGCUAAAAUUCCAUUACCAUCAUUGUCAUUAAGUGAAAAUGAGAAAGAUUUACAUACAACGAAUCGAAAACGUAAAUCAUCAACUACAGUAAAUACACAUGUUACAGAACGAAAAAAGAAAAGAAUUGUAUCAUCACCAUCUCCAGAAAUAAUUAAUCAAAUUGAAGAUAUAUCAGAUUCGGAAAGUGAUGAAGAUUUGGUACCUUCUGAAUUACCACAACAAUGUUAUAUUAAAAAUGGUCUUCGUUCAAAUUAUUAUAAAACAACAACGAAUACUAAUUCUAAGUCUACUAGUAAUAAAAAUCGUUCUGAAAUUCGACGACGACAAUCAUCAGGUUCAUUACCACCAUUUUAUACAGGAAUAUUUGAAUCUGAUGACGAUAAAUCAUCAUAUAUUGAUUAUCAUCUUCCCUAUGACAUUUAUUGGUUUGGUCAACAACAAGCAAAAGAAACAACAGUAAUCAACUCGAUACCUUCUUUAACAUCUUCAUCAAUAUCAACGUUUCAACAUACAAAAAAAAAAUCUAAUAAACCAAAACAAAAACAACCAUUACCUUAUAAAAAAAUUUUACGCAAUGUUUAUACAGAUCAAUUACGACAAAGUCUUUUAUCAUCUUAUAGUGUAGAAAAAGCACCUGUUUGCGAUUGUAAACCAUCAGGAACAUGUGAAGAGGGUGUAUGUCUUAACCGAAUGAUAUUUACAGAAUGUCUUUCUCAUUGCACUUGUGGUAUUAAAUGUAGUAAUCAAAAAAUUCGUAAAAAUCAAUGGUUUAAACAUCUUGAAGUAUUCGAUACAAGUAAAUAUGGUCAAGGUUUACGUACAACAGCAUCUAUAUCAAAAGGUACAUUUAUAUGUGAAUAUGUUGGUGAAAUAAUAACCGAAGAAAAAUUUCAUGAACGUAUGGCAAAUGUAUAUUCCAAGGAUGAACAUCAUUAUACAAUGAAAUUAACACAAAAUUUAGUUAUUGAUGCCUAUCGUAUGGGUAGUAUAGCACGUUUUGCUAAUCAUUCAUGUUCACCGAAUUGUGAAUUUCAAAAAUGGACUGUUGAUGGUUUACAACGUAUGUGUAUGUUUUCAUUACGUCCAAUAAAAGCUGGUGAAGAAUUAACAUAUGAUUAUAAUUUUCAAUGUUUUAAUUUACAAGCUCAACAACCAUGUUAUUGUGAAAGUUCAAAAUGUCGAGGAACAGUAGGUACAAAACAACAACCAACAUUAACAACAACAACGACAAAUAAUACAUCAAUAACAACAAUACAAAAAUUAACACAACGUGAAAAACGAAUGAUUUUACAAUCAUCGAUUUUUCUUUUACGUAAUUUAAGACGAAUAAAAGAAAAACAAGAAUUAAGAAAAAAAAUUAAUAAUAAAUUAAAACAACAGCUAAAUGAUAAACAAUCUAUCAUACCACUUUUCUUUGCACAAAAUUAUUAUCAUUCAAAUUCAUUAAAUAAUAAAUCAACAUUAGCUAGUUUAAGAAAAACUCCUAAACUAGCUCAUAAAGGUAAACAACAAAAAAAGAAGUAA